ACCUUUUGUACGGAUGAAGAUCAGCAAACAGAAACAGGCAGGACUGCUACAGCCUCUUCCUGUCCCAGAACAGCCAUGGCAAGUGGUUAGCCUAGAUUUCAUAACCGGGUUACCAACUACCACAAGCGGUCAUGACGCAAUCCUCGUCGUCAUCGACAAAUUCUCCAAAAUGGGACACUUCAUCCCGACACACAUGAUAGCACGCACCGAAGAGACAGCACAACUAUUCAUUCGCUACAUCAUCUCACAACAUGGCAUUCCAACCACACUCAUCUCCGACCGAGACCCCAAGUUCACCAGCAAGUUUUGGAAGGAACUGAUGCUCUGUUCGGGACCAAACUCGCCAUGUCAUCCGCCUACCAUCCGCGGACAGAUGGACAGACCGAGCGCCUCAACCAAAUUGUAGAGCAGCUCCUCCGCGCAGCAUGC